UUCGUCCGGAUUGGACAGCCAUCUCAGAAGUAGUAUUUUACUCCGUUUUGGUCAUCAUUACACUGGCAAAGUCGCCGAAGAUGUAAAAAAGUAUGUCGAAAGUGCCACCGGCGAAGCCGCCCAAAAAGAACGCUGA